AUGGAUUCGUUCGAAAUCGGCAGAAUGAUUGAAGAGAAGGAAUUCCGACGUGCACUUGAUCGCUGUUAUUCUCAGUCGCAAAAUCCAACUGUGUGCAGAUUGAACUUGCAGAAGAUCCCUUCUCGCAGCGACUUCCAGAAAUUAUUGGAAGAGCUGGGUGUGGAAUUGCGUACCAAUGCAGAGGAUAGGAUGAUAUCGGUAUAUACAGAUGGAAACUUUCAUGACUUGGUGAAGAAACUUGACGUUUACUGCAACGAUGAGAAUGUAAGUAUUUUGAAAUUUUUCUUAACAUCGGUCUUUUGA